CACUACACUGUCUUUCCUCCCUUUUGGAAUGGGAAUAUGUAUUCUGUGAGAUUGUAUGUUGAAACAUGUAAUUUGAGUUUUGCUUUAAUAGGUUACAAUUAAAAGAUUGCCUUGAGUCUCAGAAGAGAUUUUGGACUUUGAAAUAGUGUUGAGGCUGUAUAAGACUAUGGGGAAUUUUGAUGUUUGACUAAGUCAAUUUUGCUAUGAUAUCACUACAAGCCUAUGGAGGGCCAGAAAGUGGAAUGGGGUGGUUUAAAUAAACUUCCAGAGGCUCAUAUAUUUGAGUGCUUGGUGUCUAGUUUGUAGAACUGUUUGGGAGGGAUCAGGAGGUGUGGCCUUUUGGAGGAGGUAAGCCACUGGAGGUGGCUUGGAGGUUUUAAAAGUCCAAGAACAUGGACAAGCCUCUCUGUGGAGGUAGGGGAGGAACAGAACAUGGAUAAGCCUCUAAUUCUGAAAGAGUGUGCAGGUGAAAAUGAUUAUAGAAACUGAAGGCUGUGGAGGAGGGGAACCUGUGAAGGUUGGAGAAUGGAGAGUUACUGUCUUGUCACCCCUUCCUACCUCCCCUCCCCCACUCAGGAGCCCUUUGUGACAGGGAGACAGGGGCUCUGUGAUGUAGGCCUAAGCCCAGCUGAAACUCCCAGAGAGAACUCUCAGUAUUCAGUUGCCUGAGAGCAACAGUGCUAUAGAGAUGGAGAAUUUUCUGUUCCUUCUGGAAAGCAUUGACACUUCAUGGCUGACCCCCAGCUUCACUACUUGGGCAAUGGACAUGAUCCUUGCCUUUGUGUGUGGGCUGGGGCUCUUCCACCUAUUACUCUUCUUCCACCUUGACUCACCUUCACCUCCACCAGUGGAAAACACCACCACCCAAAAGGUGGUGAAGAGGGAGUACAGCAAGGAUAGGAAGAAAAUCAGGACCGUGAAAGGUAGGCCACUUCCUUCCCUGGUGAGGUGACUUCACCACGGGUCCCCAAGCGAUAACACCAAAUGUGUUGCAGAAGCUCUGAGGAGGUGGCCCCUGGGAAGGAACCUAGAACUAAAGACACUUCCUAGGUUCUGUGCUCAGAAUGAAGCUAUGGACAGCCAGGACUGGGUGCUACCUGGGGAGGGGCGGGGUGGGAGGAAGUGGUGCCAUGCUGCCUGGAUUUGGGGGCAAGCUGGUUGUUAAUCUUCUCUAAGACAUUUUCCUCUUUCAGAACACUGGUCCUUUCCUCCCCUAACAGGGAGAUUGCAAAGCCUGUGGGGAUCUUUAGAAGUGCAAACGCCUGGUCCAUGGCAUAGUCCUGUUCCACAUGUGCCUUGCUCUCAAGGCAUUUGGGCAUGCGGCCUUGCUCACCCAUGCCUGAGCUCCCGUUUAACUUUUCAUUCCCACUGAAGGGGCAUUUCACUCAAUCUCUGGUUAGAUACGGGGAGUCUCCUUUACCCACCAUAACCCAGUCUCUAUCUCCAGCUGACAGAGGCAGCAGGAAGAAACCCAAGGGGAACAAGGUACUGGUUUCCCUUCUGCACAGGUGAGCCAUCUCCAGGUCUCUCUGGCUCCUCCCUCCUCUUGUCUGUUAUGUGAUCAGCCCCGACCAGGACACAAGGUUACCAUGGGAAUAGGAGCCCUCUGGAUGGGUGGGGUAUGAGUACAGCCUGGAGGUUAAGAUAACAAGGUCUGUAAAAAGCAGAGUGUGGAACAGUGGCUGGGAUGGGGAGUGAGGGUCCUUCCCUCCUCAGCUUGCUCAGCUUCCUAGCUGCAAUCACAUCUCCUGUCUUCCACAGCAUGCUAGAGAGGCUUGCCGAUACCAUCAGCUUUUGCCAGCUCUUAGGACAAGAUGCCUCGGGUGAAACGUCUAAGCCAGAAGCUGCCAAAGCCCACCUGCCACCUACUCAGCCCACAGAGAAGUCUGUGGCCACCAGUUUGUCCCUAGCGGUUUCCUCUGCUCCUCUCAAAGAUUCUAAAAUCUUGUCACCUGUCCUGCUGGAUUCCUCAGCUUCUAUUGAGUCACAGUUUUCUGGAAGUGCCUCUCAGCCACCAGAGACCUUGACUCCUGGAAGACGUUAUUCACCACCACUGGCAUCUUCCCACCCAUCUCAUCCUCCUGAUCCUGUGGCUUGUCCUCUACCCAUGCCAAAUCCUAGCACAAAGGCUCCUUGGUGUGACUGGAAAACUCUGGGGACCUCACAGAGCACACCUCUGCCAGGUUUGCCUUCUCCAAUCCUAAUCACUGCAGGGCUUGACCAUGCAAGGAAGCCUACCUCCACCAUGCCAGGCCUUGACUACUCAAUCAGGGCUACCUCUACAACCCCAGGCCUUGACCAUUCAAUCAGGCCUACCUCUACCACCACAGGCCUUGACCACUCAAUCAGGCCUACCUCUACCACCCCAGGCCUUCACCACUCAAUCAGGCCUACCCUUGACCACUCAAUCAGCUCUACCUCUACCACCCCAGGCCUUGACCACCCAAUCAGGCCUACCUCCACUACCCCAGGCCUUGACCAAACAAGGAAGCCUAGCUCUACCAAGCUAGGCCUUUACCAAUCAAGCUGGCCUACCUCUACCACCCCAGGCCUUGACCAGUCAAUCAGGCCUACCUCUACUACCCCAGGCCUUGACCAAACAAGGAAGCCUACCUCUACAAUGCUAGGCCUUUACCAAUCAAGCUGGCCUACCUCCACUACACCAGGCUUUGACCACUCAAUCAGGCCUACCUCAGCCAUGCUAGGCCUUGACCACUCAAGCAGGGGGACCUCAACCACCCCAGAUCUUGACCUCUCAACCUGGCCUACCUCAAAUACUCCAGGCCUUAACCAUUCAAGCAGUGAGACCUCCACCACCCCAGGCCUUGACGACUCAAGUAGGCCCACAACAACUACUCCAGGCCUUAACUACUCAAGCAGGCCUACCUCAACCUACCCAGGCCUUGACAACUCAAGCAGGCCUACCUCAACCUACCCAGGACUUGACAACUCAAGCAGGGGGACUUCUACCACUCUAGGCCUUGACCACUCAAGCAGGCCUACCUCAACCACCCCAGGCCUUAACCAUUCAAGCAGUGGGACCUCCAUCAGCCCAGGCCUUGACCACUCAAGCAGGCCUACCUCAACCACCCAAGGCCUUAACCAUUCAAGCAGAGGUACUUAUACCUCUCCAGGACUUGACCACUCAAGCAGGCCUACCUCAACUACCCCAGGCCUUUACCACUCAAGCGGGCCUACCUCAACCACCCCAGGUCCAGAACACUCCAGCAGGUCUUCCUCAAAUAUGCCAAGGCUUGACAACUCAAGCAGGCCUAAUUCAACCACCCCAGGCCUUAAACAGUCAAGCAGGCCUACCUCUACCAAUCCAGGCCUUGACCUCUCAAGUAGACCUACCUUAGGUCCUUCCUGGUACCAGGUAGCUGCCAAAACCUGGUGCUGCUCCAACUCACCACAUGGUGAAUCCUCAAAAGACCAUCUGUUUCUCAGCCUCCAAAAGGCCUCGUUCUGGACAAGCCCCACAUACAUGCAGAUAGACACUGAGAAGCCCUCUUUCAUCAACCCUGAUAUCCAGGAGAGGCUGGAAUUUGAGAUUCAAAAGAGGGUUGAACUAAAAGUUUGGAAGGGGAAAGGCAAAGACAGGUGUGACCAUGCCCUGGGAUAUAUGGACAAUAUGCUGCAGUCCUGGAGCAGCCAGCAGGCCACCACCAGAACCUGCAAAUCAGAGCAAUUUACAGGUCAUCAACAGUUCUUCUACAAGAAAUACAGUCAGCUUUUCUGGGGCCUCCCCUUUCUCCACAGUGAGUCCCUUGUGGUUACUGUCAACAUGGCAGGGUCCCCACCAGAGCCCCCCUCUAUCUUAUUCAAUGGACUCUCUACUUACAUCCCAACUUUAUUUCAGACUAAUGUAAAUCCACAGCUCUUUUCUCUAAAGCCCUUGCUUCAACACUUGGUCAAAACCCAACCUUUGACUCCAAAGUCAUCCAGGUCCCAAUCUCCACCAGUGGCUGGAAUCCAAACCCAGGGCUGUGAUCCAUCCUCUCUCCCAAAGUUACCACACCAUUCACCUCCAAUCAGGGAUUAUGGGGCUUCUCGACCUAGAGCUUCAAGAGUACAAUUUAUGAUCCCACCUGCUGCUCAACACCUAGAGCACCAUCUUUUGAAGAAGCACCAAGAGAGUAAGUACGAUUUACCCCCCAUAGUUAAGAGGUCACAGGAAGCAUUUCAUCAACUCAAUUCUAACAGUUGGGCCUCCCAGGGAAAGGGUUCUGUUGUCCACCUCCCAGGGAAUUUCAUUAACCCCGGGCUCCAGCAGCAGCUGGAACAAAACUUAAAAAAGACUGACACACAACGGCCAUGUCCCCACAAGGUCCAGCUAUCUCUGGAUCCGAGAAAGUCUCAGGACAAACUCCCAGGGAUGGGUCAGGCAGAAGUUAACCACGGGACCUCAUGUUCCUCAGCACUGGCAGAUGAAAACAGCCUUCAUGCACAAAAUGUCUCAUCACAGGGUCUAGAAAUAUUCCAAAUAUGGAAGGACCCAAGCAUGUAUCUGACAAACUGUCUGGGAAGAGCUCUGAACAAUCUGUACAGGAGCCCAGAAGAUUACCUAGGCGAAGUUCUCGGGGCUGUCUCUGAGACAGAGACAGAAAGUGUCCACAUGAGACACCUGAGAAGUGACACUCGAAGUGUUUCCCCAGUGGAACCAGGAAAAAAGUUGGUAGAAGGUACCUCCCCAAAAGACUCAAGCAGCAAGUGGAGGCAUGCUCAGGACAGUAAGAUGCAUGAAGGGAUUUGUCAUGCAGUAUGUAUGGACCAUGCAUUGGCCCCUCCUGAAAACUUGAAUGAUUGUACCACCUACAGGAAAACUUCUGGUGGGCCUUCCUUCCUAGAUCCUGGCACUCAGAAGGUGCUGGAAACACAUCUUACAAGACGUCUGGUGAGACACAGAUGGAGCCUGCCCCUCAUAGGCCUCAAGGCUAUCCAUGUUUUCAACAAGACCAAGGCUACAGCUGUGCCCUUUCCACAGCCCUCUGAAUCUUCUUUGUCCUUCUGGGACUCUAGAGACGACUCCAUUGUCAAAAAGGUCAGUGUCCUGGGAGAACCUUUUCAGAAAGGCCCAGAAGAGAAAGUGAAAACAACUUCCACACAGAACCCUCCUUCUGCCUCCCAGCUCGGAUUCCUGAGAGAGACUCCACCUAGAGACAAUUCUGGGCCCUCUGAGGCCCCUACAGCUGUCGAGGGAGACAAUAUGACUUCUCUGUCCACCUCACAAAGUCUCGUGGGCAGAGACUGGCACAAUGAUAGGGUUCUUAGAUCUUGGACAGGCAACCCAGAGUCAAACCCAGGCCUAGUGAAGGGAGCACAUGAGUCACAGGAGAAGGAGCGUCUGAUUUUAAGUAAUACCUACAAUUGGGUGUCAGUUCGGGAGAUCAGUGUGGCAUCCCAGUCACCAAGCAGCAGGGAGAGCAGGGAACUGAAGAAGGCCGAGGAGGAACAGUCCUGUGACUGGGUAGUCAUCAUGGAAGCUGGGGAGAUGGCCAACUCUGAAAGCAACAAUCAAUAUUUAAGGGAUUCAGAAUCACUGGAGCCCAGUGAAAGUCCAUCCCCUUCUACCCAGGAUCGAGAAGACUCAGGCCUGAGCACACUUCACUGCUCGUCCUCUGGUGUUGCCCUGCAGGACUGUGCUACUGAAUCAUUCUUUAAAGACUGUGCCCCUGAGAUUCUCCUUGCUGCAGAUAUCCUGGCCUCCAGAGCCUCCCAGUCCAGCUUCAAGAAUGUGCCUGCUACAAGCAAGUCAACCUACCAGAACAGGCACCCUUUCUUAAGAGAAGGGGAUAUGCCCAAGAUUUCUAAACCACACAAAUCAUGGCCUAGCCAUAUCUUUGUUUCAACUGACAAAAAACAAUGUCAAAGUCCCAAGCAGGACACAUGUCUUUCAGGUAUGAGGCCUGUCCAAACCUACAGGUCAAAUACUAAAAAUUGCAGUUCUUCCCAAGAAACAGGGAAGUUUGGGGACAGGAUAAAAAACUUUAUAAGGUCAAUUCUCCACCCCAAAGCCAAAUUACAAGAGAACUCCCUGGAAAAAAUCAAGGCUUUUCCAGCCACAACCCAAAGCCAAGGGUCAGUCCUGAGUAGAUUAUUCAUGGCCCGACAGGUUGCUGAAGCACAGGACCUCAUGACCUCUGUUGGAUCGAUUCUAGAGAAGAAGUUGGGGGUUCACCAUUGGUGUGCUCCCUCAAAGAAAAAUUUGCACCAAGAACCACCCCAAGCCCAAGUGAGUAGGCAUGUCUGCCACCACAGGAUUCCUAUUGCAGAAACAAUACAAGGAACAACAAAGAAACAAUACAGUACCUGUGUUCACCAAGCCAACCCCAAGGUACACAGCCAACCUUCACAAAGCCAACCUUCUACAGGCAAAUGGAUGUCCUAUGCUAACUGGGCCCAGGUGUCCAGAGAACCUGGGUCCCGACCCAGGCCCUAUCAGCACAGGGCACAGGCACCACGUGUCCCAUGGAACCCUGUCCACUGUCCUAGGCACUGCCCCUACAGAAGUGGACUAUAGAAAGUAAUUAAACACUUUUCCCCAAAAGA